AUGACCGACUCCGAAAUCGAGAUGCAUUACACCCCGCCGACGUCGGACACCAUUCAGACGAAGCCGUUCCCGAUCCGAGGUGAACGUGCGAAUUUCGUGAACAAGCCUCACGUGAUCGCGAUGGUGGGUUUGCCGGCUCGUGGCAAGACUUACAUAUCCAAGAAACUGUGCCGAUACCUCAACUGGAUCGGCAUCAGCACCAAGGUCUUCAACUUGGGCGAAUACAGACGACACGCCACCACGGCCUAUCAAUGCCACGAGUUUUUCCGUCCCGAUAACAUAAAAGCCAUGGCGAUCCGGACGCAGUGCGCCAAGGAUGCUCUGAACGACGUCUGCAGGUGGUUGGAGAGAAGCGAUGGCGAAGUGGCCGUCUUCGACGCCACCAACUCCACGGUCGAGAGACGCCAGCUCAUACGAGACAUCGUUGUCCGCAAGGGCUUCAAGCUCUUCUUCGUCGAGUCGGUGUGCAACGACCCGGAGAUCGUCGAGCAGAACAUCAUGGAAGUGAAGGUCAGCAGUCCGGAUUACGCGAAUAUGAAGAAGGAGGAUGUACUUGCCGACUUCAUGCUGCGAAUCGAGCAUUAUCAGGAGCAGUACGAGCCGUUGGACGAGGAGCGCGAGAGCGACCUGUCGUUUAUGAAAAUAUACAACACCGGCGAGAAGGUGCUGGUCCAUAAGCACGAAGGCCAUAUACAAAGUAGAAUAGUUUACUAUCUUAUGAACAUUCAUAUUGUGCCACGCACCAUUUACUUGACCAGGCACGGUGAGAGCCUGAUGAACCUCGAGGGCAGGAUAGGCGGUGAUUCGAACUUGACCGAGCGGGGACAUGAAUAUAGCAAGGCACUGGCAGAAUACAUUACCGGUCAAAACAUACAGGGUUUAAGAGUUUGGACUAGCUGGCUGAAGAGGACCAUUCAGACCGCGGCUGAUGUAGAGGCACCGCAAGAAAGGUGGAAGGCUCUCAACGAGAUUGAUGCCGGUAUUUGCGAGGAAAUGACUUACGAAGAAAUAUCCGGGAAGUAUCCAACCGAUUUCGCUGCCAGAGAUCAAAACAAGUUCUCAUAUCGGUAUCCGAGAGGGGAAAGUUACGAGGAUCUUGUUGCACGGCUAGAGCCUGUGAUAAUGGAAUUGGAACGUCAGGGUAACGUUUUGGUCGUAAGUCAUCAAGCCGUUCUACGAUGUUUGCUCGCUUAUUUCCUGGACAAAAGCGCAGAUGAACUACCGUAUUUGGAAGUGCCUUUGCACACCAUUAUGAAAUUAACACCAGUCGCUUACGGUUGUAAGGUGGAAAACAUUCGAUUACCGAUAGAAGCUGUGGACACUCAUCGGCCAAAACCAAAGAUCCCGGGAUAUCUGGAGGAACGAUUCAGAGGAAAAGAGAAAGUAUUACGCACGUGAUAACGACAAGCUUUUAUAUAAGCAUGGCGCAACCAUUUCCUAUCUAUCUACGUUGAUAUACCGGAACGCUGAAGCAGAACAUAGAUUCCGGCAGCUGGCUGCCACUUACCCCUCCGUGUACGUCAAAUCAGCACGCACAUCCGAAUCCUUUCUUCCUAUGUGUCAGACAACCUAAAGACGAGAUGCUAAUCAACACAACUGACAAUUGUAUCCUCUUAUGAGAAACAAAUAGGCACAGAUGGAAGAUUCUGUGUGACAAUGCAAGUUCUGCAGGAAAAGAAAGAAAGAGAAAGAGAGAGAAAGUACGCGAGUAUUUUGUGAUUUUUAUAUUUUUUGAUUGGCGCGUGUCUAGGUAAGUAGCAAGAAUGUGAUAUCGAGGUAAUCGUCGAUGAAAAAUUUGACGAUUAUAUACCUGUAGACGUGCAUCUCUCUUAAGUGAUAUUAGUUCAGAUAUUGAAUUUUUUCUGAACUGUUAUUAUUGGCAUGCGACGUAAGCGUAACUCGUACGCGUACUUUGAGCUUGCUUUGAAGUAUUUGCCUCUUGCUGGAAACAUCCACGAGACAAUAUAUACCGUAUGUGUGUAUAUAUACACAUAAUAUAAUUCCGAGACAUCUUAUUCUCGCGCCUGGUGAAUAUUUCAAAGCACGAAUUGUUUACGAAUUUGAAGUUAAAAAAAAACAAAUAUCCUUUUGUAUACGUAUAUAUCGUUUGAGACAUUAUUUCUUUGGAAUUAUCUUUGAAUCAAUCGAAUACAUAGAGCGAUUCGAGCCAAAUAUUGUAAAACUGUGACGUUGAUAAUAAUACUCGACUAUGUAAAAAAACUAUCAAGGUAUAGUACAAGUAUAUUGUGCGAUAAUACACUUCCAAAUAAACUACUGGAUACGUACAAUUUUCAGUCCGUUUUAUCUAAUAUACGUAUGUCAUAUAUCUAUACGCGUCGCAAUCUCUCGUAUAUUAAAUAGCUAUCAAUUUCAAUUACGCCCGAUACGUAUGUAUCUCUUAAUCAAUGAGAAACUUGACUUAUAAUAAAUAAUACAAUUUUA